UGCCUUAAAAUGUGGCAAAUUAUGUUUCGCUUCAAGCAGCAAAAUCUCUUAUGUCAACAGCUGGUCGAAUGUGAAAUAUAAGCUAUUGUUUAAAAGUUGUAUGUAUUCUCUACUGAUUUGUGCUACUGCAAAAUGUCUUAUGUCUGAGAAGACUGGAAGAGAAGAAAAUGAUGCAAAGGGGAAAAUUGAUGGUCGAACUAGCAGAAAAAAGACUGUCUGUUAUAAAUGUGACCCUACCAGCUGCAAAUGAAGUGAGCGUUGCUGAAAACUUAGAGGAAGAUGUGCCUCUCACUGCAAGUAUAUCUGUCCCUACUGUUGCGACUGUGAACCUUCCGACUAUGAAAGAAACAAGACAUCGGUUUGGCUUGGCUGAUAAUAUAGAGCAUGGUGAACCAGACGUGGCUGCUGCUAAAGAGGGAAUACCAGUGCCGGUUGAAGUUGGCAGUUCUCCUCUUAUUGAUUUAGAGGAAGUCGACGAACAAGCAGUUGAAAUACCUCUUUCGUACAAGAAAGAGAAACUCAGAGGAACCAACCAAGAAUCUGCUAGACCUAGCCGAAAUAAAAAAAUCAAUAGGGAGAGAAAAAGUUCAGAAAAUUUUACAACAAACUGAUGAUAGUAUAAAUGAUCCCUUAUUUUCUUCUGAUUCAGAUGUUUAUGAGCCUAGUUCAAGCUCUAGUGAUGAAGAAUCCUGCUUUUCAAAAAGAAUUAAAGUAUUGAAAAAAGUACGUGAAAAACAAAACAUUUCUCCUCCUAUCAUUGCCGUAAA